ACUCCUACUCUGGGUUAGUAAUCAGAAGGUUGGGGGGUUCAAGGCACUGUAUGCCAUGCUGACCCUGUAUUUAAAAUAUGCAAAGUAUGUGAUACAUAUAUUUGUAUAUUAUAUUUUAAUAACUGCAUGUUGGGUUCACACCCUAUCCCUCUACUUUAAUCUCAAAUCACACACUUUACCAUAUAAAGUACACUACAUUACGUGUAUAACCUAUCCUUCUGUCGUCUAUAUAGGGCACCUAAAUAGGAAGUGGAAAAGAAUUUAGGAGUCGGCCAUGAGUAUUGAUUUUUGACGCUUCGUUGGCGCCCUCUAGUGCACCGAGUCGGCGUUACAGCAAGGUUCUACCCUCAGCGUGUAGGCAGCAUUGCAGAGCGCCUUCGCGUGUGUAUUUUUUUGUAUUGUUUUCUCACCACAUUAAGACUAUUAGCUCACCAGAAACUCACAAAAGCUGAUUGUGACUCUGCAGCCCUGCGCUUUACACUAGAGGAGCAGCUCUCCACCAUGAACUGUGACAUGGAUGGAGACAUGGAGAAUCAGGUCGAAGUGGAGGAGAAGACUCGCCUCAUUAACCAAGUACUGGAGCUCCAACACACACUAGAAGAUCUCUCUGCUCGGGUGGAUGCGGUGAAGGAGGAGAACCUGAAGCUGAAGUCAGAGAACCAGGUUUUGGGCCAGUACAUCGAGAACCUCAUGUCAGCCUCGAGCGUGUUCCAGACCACUGACACCAAGAGCAAACGGAAAUAAAAACACAUGGAGUGUCGUCUUCCUUCCCAACAGAUAGUUCAUCCUUUUAACACCGAGGCCAGUAUGCACCAACAUUCAGGCUUUCACUCGUACACACAACGCUGAGCUCGGAGUUUAAUUUGCUCUAGAAACACUUCUCAUUUCUCGCCUCUGCGUUCGCCGUCUUGCCGCCUCGGCAGGUUGUGGAUAAUGCUCAUGCAGGAAGAAGCGCAAAGUCCUUUUUUCAGUCUCUGGUCAGAUAUCGAAAGCAUGAAUCGGCAUCUCUGUAGCUUCUCUGCAACCUGUUUGAUAAAAUAGAGCUGCUUUUUUUUUUCUUUCUUUAUUAAGUACAAGGCAACCUCAAUUUUUGUUUGACCUGUUUGAUUUUACGAUAUCAAAAUGAAAGCACAGAAAAGUACUUUGCAGCACAGGAAGAUUAACCUUGAACAUGCAUGAGGUGCCAUUAUUUAUUCUUCCAAAGAUACAUGCAUGAUUUAAAAUGAUAUUGAUGAUUGAUUAUUGGUGAAUGAAUGGCAACGGUGAAGAACUAUCAUGGACUGUAAUUAGGUGAUUUUGCAAGACGUUAGUGGAAGCAGUGGCCAGUUCGAAAUAUUCAGGAGCCGUACACAUCAUUCUGCCCCGUUAGACAACGGGAAUAUUUGUUCUAUAUGCAAAUACAGUGAACUUGCACUCGUAUCCCAGCUAGGUGCAGGUGUGAUACAGCAAUCCUGGAGCAGAAAGGGUUGAGAGCUUUGCACAAGGCCCAGUAGUUUUUUUUUUUUUUAUUGUUAGCCUUAAACUAGCAAGCAGCCACUGCCCCAGGGAGCAUCCUUGUUAGACAUAGGACAUCCCUGUUUAUCAGGAGAUCAAAGCUAAAAAGAAAAACCAAACCCUAACAUUUGCAAAAUCCUGAUUUGUGGGAACAACCACAAACUCGCCGUUCCUCAUCCCCAAAAGAAUACUGGAUCCAAAAUGUUAGGCCAAAAUUAUGCGAAUACCUGAUCAUCAAAUCCAAGUUUGGGCCUUUUCUAAAUUGUUGCAAUAUAAUUGGAAGCACAAAAUGGCAAAUAGCAUCUUGUACAUUGUUGCAUUUUAAAUUUCCUAUUAAGAGGCUCAAACAUGUUGCACCUAAACGUGACCAGAGGGUCACUUCUUUCUUGAUUUACAGAAACGAGAGGCAGUCUGGAUUGUUUAGCAAAUUCACAAGUCAAGAAUCUCUCACAGUAAAUUAAUAUGGUAACAUAAUUACUUGCAGCAAUAUGUGAACACUGUCUUUCACUUUUAUGUUAUAAAUCCUGACUGCUGCUACCAACAGGGGACUCUUAGAUAUCAUCUUAGUUUUAUAGAUAAUUUUUCAGACACUGACUUCCUGUGUUAGUGAUCUGAUUGUUUACUCACGUCUUCAGAAUGAAUAAAUACGACUAUAGCAAGCAGCAGAGAGAAAACAGAAAAGUAAAUUGCACUAACAGUACAGUGAAGUGUAAAAAGAGUGGCUCAGAUAUAGAAAACGACAGUGGAGAUGGAGAUGAGACACCACUAAGAAAUGCGCUGUCUGGCUUUUACAGUGAAAAAAUAAAAAGAGAAAAGACUGCCGUGCUGAGUGAUAUCGAUCUGAGAGAGUACUCUGGAUCUAAGUGUGCGUUCGCUUCCUGCAAACCGUGUAGCCAAAGCAGCCGGAAAUCACACCACAACGACUAGAUACAUCUGCUACCUGAUCUGGCAACCGAUGCAACGCCGACUCAGCAAAUAAACAGCGUAUCCGAGGAAGGUGGAUCCGAAUAAAUUGUAGUGAUGGACAAUAAUUAGUGUAGAUGUUAUGGAUCUUAAGGUUUGACAUGGCACAGCAAAAAACAGAACUCGAAUCCGAGAAACAUGAUAGAGCUUCAUUGUUAAUGAACAUGUAUUACACUAUUUAUUUUUAAUGUACCUUAAUACUGUAUAUGAACAUUUCUUCUUCAGGUAUCAACUUGAGCCUGAACACAUCUAAUGUAGAUAAAGACUUGUGUGUAAAUUGUACUAUUACUAAACUUUUGUGUUAAUAAAUUUUUUUUUGCUUGA